CCCGGUGCCCCUCGGCGCGGCUCCUCACCCUCCCUCUGUCUUUUCCAGGCGCCGCAGCAAGUGGGAUCAGCCCGGCCCGGCGCCUAAUUUCCUGCUGGCCGGCACGGCGCCGCUGCCCGGGCGGCCGUUCCCCGGUGGGGGCGGCGAUGGCGGCGCCGCCGUGGCCGGGUCCGAGAGCUCGGCGGCGCCCUCGGGCGCUGGAUGCGGCCGCGGCCGUGGCGGCGAAGAUCAACGCGAUGCUGAUGGCCAAAGGGAAGCUGAAGCCGGCGCCCAGCACGGCGGACAAGCUGCAGGCCCUGGGGAAAGGCCCGGCCGCGAGCAAGAGCAAGGAUGACCUGGUGGUGGCAGAGGUGGAGAUCAACGACGUCCCCCUGACCUGCAGGAACCUGCUGACCAGGGGCCAGACCCAGGACGAGGUGGGUCCCACACCGAGCCUGGAGAGCUCUCCUGGGAGCCUCAGGGAACAAGGGCUGCAGGCCCUGGGGAAAGGCCCGGCCGCGAGCAAGAGCAAGGAUGACCUGGUGGUGGCAGAGGUGGAGAUCAACGACGUCCCCCUGACCUGCAGGAACCUGCUGACCAGGGGCCAGACCCAGGACGAGGCUCUGUGCUGCUUUAGUGGAGAUCGUCCUUUGUAUCUUCAUGUUCAGGGGCAGACACGGGAGUUGGUUGACAGAGCUGUGAACAGAAUCAAGGAGAUCAUCACCAACGGCGUGGUGAAGGCAGCCACGGGCUCCAGCCCCACGUUCAACGGAGCCACGGUCACCGUGUACCACCAGCCAGCCCCCCUGAGCCAGAUAACCCCAGCUGUUGGCCAGAAACCUGCUUUCCAGUCAGGGAUGCAUUAUGUGCAGGACAAGCUGUUUGUGGGGCUGGAGCACGCUGUCCCCACGUUCAGUGUCAAGGAGAAGGUGGAGGGGCCUGCCUGCUCCUACCUGCAGCACAUCCAGAUUGAAACUGGUGCCAAAGUCUUUCUUCGUGGGAAGGGCUCGGGUUGCAUCGAGCCAGCCUCAGGCAGGGAAGCCUUUGAACCCAUGUACAUCUACAUCAGUCACCCAAAGCCAGAAGGUUUGGCAGCUGCUAAAAAGCUCUGUGAGAACCUGUUGCAAACAAUGCAUUAUGUGCAGGACAAGCUGUUUGUGGGGCUGGAGCACGCUGUCCCCACGUUCAGUGUCAAGGAGAAGGUGGAGGGGCCUGCCUGCUCCUACCUGCAGCACAUCCAGAUUGAAACUGGUGCCAAAGUCUUUCUUCGUGGGAAGGGCUCGGGUUGCAUCGAGCCAGCCUCAGGCAGGGAAGCCUUUGAACCCAUGUACAUCUACAUCAGUCACCCAAAGCCAGAAGGUUUGGCAGCUGCUAAAAAGCUCUGUGAGAACCUGUUGCAAACACUGCAGCGGUUCCUGCAGCACACCCGAGCUCUCCUCUCUCUCCCUGCAGGUUUCACGCAGCCGGCCUCCGUCAGCAGCGUCCCCUCCCAGCCCUCCUACUACCCGUCCAACGGCUACCAGGCCGGCUACCCCGUGCUGGCCCCUCCUCAGCAGCCCGUGCCGCCCCCCUUUGGGGUGCCGGGGAUGGUGCCCCCCGCCGUGCCCCUGCCUGCCGGGGUGCUGCCGGCGCUGCCCGCGGCCGUGCCCCCCGUGCCCACGCAGUACCCCCUAGCUCAGGUGCAGCCUGCAGCCGGCGCGGCCCAGAGUCCUCUGAGUGCUCCCUUCCUUCCUGCUGCCCCAGUAAAACCCAGCAUGCCCACUGGAGCCCAGCCCCAGGUGCAGCCCCAGGGCCAGAAGAGACGCUUCACGGAGGAGCUGCCUGACGAGAGAGAGUCAGGACUGCUGGGAUACCAGCAUGGACCCAUUCAUAUGACUAAUUUAGGUACAGGCUUCUCCAGUCAGAGCGACAUCCAGGGGGCCGCGGCGAAGGCAGCGAGUUCCUCAGGAAAGGAGAGAGAGAGGGACAGGUGAGUGAGGAGCCGUGGGCAGGUUCUGCUG